GGGAGAGGGAGAGAGGGCGCACAUACAUCGGUGACGUCAAAAACCUCAGCGGAGCAGAGCGGAGGAGACCAGCCGCCGCUCUCUGCGCCUCUGCACGCGGCCGCCGCUUUUAAACACUACAGAGGAGGAGGAGGAACCGAGGCAGUCUGAUAGGGAGAGACCAGAGGAGGAGCAGGAGGAGGAGGAGGGUGAAGCUCAUCCUCGCGCUGCACGGAGACGCAUCGGACGCCUUAUUUACUUACUGACUGGGAGCAUGCCUGUUUGCCUCGCGCAGUCAGACAGGUGCUAUCAUCACGCGGGAUGGAGCUCUGGUCUUGAAUGUGGAGGCUCACGCGCAGCAACAAGUUUGAGAUGAUCAAUUUUCUCUGGAUUCUUAAUUUGGAUUUGAUGGAUUUGUUGCUCUGCCUUUUCCCCCACGGCUGCUGAUCAUUUUUGGGAACCGUAAGGGAAAAACUGGGAUUUCCUUCAUCGUAGUAAUUUGAAACAUAAUCUCACUCUGAGACCCGCCUCGUUUUUUAGGGGUCCUGGUUUGGCGCGGCGCCGAGACCCCCGAUGGUGCCAACGGUGUGGUCACAGUGGCUCAGGUUGCUGCUGCUGUGUGGACGCACCAGCCGGUGAUUUUACUACACGGGGAUUAUGAUGGGUGGUCCAGGAGAGGCGGGAGUGGUACCAGUGCUUCUUUAAGGGAUCUGCUCUCUUGACAAUGACCUCCAGCCGCGCUCUGCCCCGCGCCGUUCACACCCCAACCCGAAAGAAAAGCACGCGCCCUCGGUUCGAUGCGCACGAGAAGACGUCGUGCCCCUAGAACCGCUGAUCCGACUGACAGUCCGGAGUGGAGGAGAAGAAGGAGGAGAAGGGGGGAGACACAUUGACACAGACGAUCGGAGCUGAGGAGGAGGGAUGGAGCUGUCGGAGGUGCGCUGCUCCAGCGCCACUGAGGAGCUGUACACCAUCAACAAGACGCCGAGCAGCAGCGACAACAGCAGCGGCAGCGGCGGCGGCAGCGCGCGGCCCAAACGGCUGCUGUGGCAGAACGCGGUGCGGCACAUCACCGAGCAGCGCUUCAUCCACGAGCAGGGCGGCGGCGGCGGGGUCAAAGACGACCCCUUUGACCCGAUCCAGGGCGCGCGGAAGCAGUCUGCGGGUCGGACCUCGGUAGGGGACCGGCACAACAACGGUGGGACCAAAGUGUUCCCUGAGCGCGCCAGCAGCGACCUGGGGUUCCUCCAAAUCGACUGCGCGCCCAGCAACUCGGACUUCUUCUUGAACUGGGGCUACACAUACCGGGGCGUCAUCUUCCCCACGCUGCGGAACGCCUUUAAGUCCCGCGACUUGGAGCGGCUCUACCAGCGCUACUUCUUGGGCCAGAGGCGCAAAUCCGUGGUGGUGAUGAACAUCCUGGACGUGGUGACCAAACUCACCCUGCUGGUGCUGCACCUCACCCUGGCAUCCAGCCCCAUGGACCCCAUCAAGGGGAUGCUGCUGGGCUUUUUCACCGGCAUAGAGGUGGUCAUUUGUGCCUUAGUGGUGGUGCGGAAGGACACCACCUCGCACAGCUACCUGCAGUACAGUGGAGUGGUCACCUGGGUGGCAAUGGCCACGCAGAUCCUGGCGGCCGGCCUGGGCUACGGUCUGCUGGGGGACGGGGUGGGGUAUGUUCUUUUUACGCUGUUCGCCACCUACAGCAUGCUGCCGCUGCCGCUCACCUGGGCUAUCCUGGCCGGGCUCUUCACCUCCGGGCUGCACAUCCUGGUCCAGCUGCUCAUCUCCGAGAGCGCACAGCUCUUCACUAACCAAGUCGCAGCUCAGGCUGUGCUCUUCAUGUGUAUGAACACUGCUGGGAUAUUCAUCAGUUACCUGUCUGACCGGGCUCAGCGGCAGGCCUUCCUCGAGACCCGGCGCUGCAUCGAAGCCCGCCUGAGACUAGAGACAGAGAACCAGAGACAGGAACGUCUGGUGUUAUCUGUGCUGCCACGUUUUGUAGUUUUGGAAAUGAUCAACGACAUGACAAAUGUAGAGGAUGAACACCUCCAGCAUCAGUUCCACAGAAUUUACAUCCACCGCUAUGAGAAUGUCAGCAUUCUUUUCGCAGAUGUUAAAGGCUUCACAAACCUUUCCACGACGCUCUCUGCUCAGGAGCUAGUACGAAUGUUGAAUGAACUCUUUGCACGUUUCGACCGUCUUGCACACGAGCACCACUGUCUACGAAUAAAGAUUUUGGGAGACUGUUACUACUGUGUAUCUGGCCUACCUGAGCCCAGACCUGACCAUGCUCACUGCUGUGUGGAGAUGGGACUAAGCAUGCUCAAAACAAUCAGAUUUCUGACUCUGGCUGCCCUAACGAGAAAUUCGAUAAAUCUGCUUCCAAACCAUCUUGCACAAGCUUUGCAUGUCCACUCUGGUCCUGAGGAAAUUAACAAGCGAAUAGAGAGUGCCAUCGACUUACGGAGUGGCGAUAAGUUGAGAAGAGAGCAUAUCAAGCCUUUCUCACUGAUGUUUAAAGACUCCAGCCUGGAAGAGAAGUACUCACAGAUGAGGGACGAGGUUUUCAAGUCCAACCUGGUCUGCGCCUUUAUUGUGCUCAUCUUCAUCACUGCUAUUCAAAGCCUGCUUCCCUCUGCCAGAAUGAUGACGAUGGUGAUCCAGUUUUCCAUCCUGAUCAUCCUCCACUCCUGUCUGGUUCUCGUCACGACAGCAGAGGACUACAAAUGUUUGCCUCUGGUCCUGAGGAAAGCCUGCUGCUGGAUUAAUGAGACGUACACAGCAAGGAACGUCAUCAUCUUCGUCUCAAUCCUUAUUAACUUCCUUGCAGCAAUGAUCAAUAUUCUGUGGUGUGACUUCGAUAAGCCCAACACCUUCAAGAACCAGACGUACAACGAGUCUGCCUCCAUUCCAGACAUCUGCUUCUACCCAGAGUAUUUUGUGUUCACAGGAGUGCUGGCGAUGGUCACCUGCGCCGUGUUCCUACGGCUGAACUCCGUGCUGAAACUGGCCGUGCUGCUGGUGAUGAUCGCCAUCUACUCUCUGCUGACCGAAGCUUUCUAUACCUCUCUGUUUGUUCGUUACGACACCGUCCACCACAACACAGAGAACUUCUUGGGAACCAAAGAGACGUCUUUGCUCCUGAUGGCCAUGUUCCUUCUCGCCGUGUUUUACCAUGGUCAGCAGCUGGAGUACACUGCCCGGCUGGACUUCCUGUGGCGUGUCCAGGCGAAGGAGGAGAUCAACGAGAUGAAGGAGCUGCGAGAACACAACGAGAACAUGCUGAGGAACAUCCUGCCCAGCCACGUGGCCCGGCACUUCCUGGAGAAGGACCGGGACAACGAGGAGCUGUACUCCCAGUCCUAUGAUUCUGUGGGUGUGAUGUUCGCCUCCAUCCCAGGCUUUGCAGAUUUCUACUCCCAGACUGAGAUGAACAACCAGGGAGUUGAGUGCCUGAGGCUCCUCAACGAAAUCAUCGCUGAUUUUGAUGAGCUGCUGGGCGAGGAACGCUUUCAGGACAUCGAGAAGAUCAAGACCAUCGGUAGCACUUACAUGGCCGUCUCUGGUCUGUCACCAGAAAAACAGCAAUGUGAAGAUAAAUGGGGUCACCUGUGUGCGUUGGCGGACUUCGCUAUCGCCCUAAACGAGAGCAUCCAGGAGAUCAACAAGCAUUCAUUCAACAACUUUGAGCUACGGAUCGGAAUGGCUCACGGCUCUGUGGUGGCAGGAGUCAUCGGUGCAAAGAAACCGCAGUAUGACAUCUGGGGAAAGACGGUGAACCUGGCCAGCCGAAUGGACAGCACCGGCGUGAGCGGGAAGAUCCAGGUGCCUGAGGACACCUACCUGAUCCUUAAGGAGCGAGGCUUUGCCUUUGAGUACCGUGGUGAGAUCUACGUCAAGGGCAUCAGUGAGCAGGAGGGCAAAAUCCGGACACACUUCUUACUGGGCCGGGUACAGCCCAACCCGCUCAUCCUGCAGCCUCGCAAAAUCACCGGCCAGUACUCGCUGGCAGCGGUGGUGCUGGGCUUGGUGCAGUCGCUCAACCGGCAGAAGCAGAAGCAGAUUCUCAACGAGAACAACAACUCGGGCAUCAUGAAGGGCCACCACCACUACAACCGAAGGACGUUGUUGGCGGCUGGUGGGGCCGAGGUGGGCGGGGGCCAUCACGCUGAAGCACCUGAAAAGACUGAUUUGUCCUGAAGCACACAGCCGAGUUUUGGGUCCACAUUGAUUCCUUAGAGUCAGAACUGCUCAGAAACCUUGUCUCUGGUUGAGUUAAACCUCAGUGGGUGAAGCAUUGCAAAUAUGUUUUUGCUCAAUAAUCUUUAGUUCUUGCUACUGUCUGAUUUCCCUUAAUUUAAGAAAAAUCUGCAUUAUCACAUGGUUUUUGAAUUGCUACUUUUCCUAUGUGAAUCAUUUUAUGUCAUUUAGGGCUUUUCAGAGUCAUGGGGGAACAUGUCAAUACUUCCAUGGGAGAAAGUAAGUGUAGGAGGAAAGAAAAAUGUCUAACUUGGUAGUUUGCUGAUCUGAAGUUUACAGCUGGGGUUUAAUCCCUUAUCAGGUUAUAAAGACAUGGGCUAUGACCUAAGAAAGUUAUCGUGAAGACGUGUCAAUCUAGGAGGGCUAAUUAGGCUGUUUCCAAACUGCCUUAAGUCUCCAUCAUUCUACAAAGGCAAGCAAUUAAAAACAAACUGAUCUAUGGCACGUUUGGAAGCCUUGGUUGGAAAACCCAGCUCUCUAAAAGGAUUUUUGGAGCAAUAAGUUAAGUAAGGUGUACAAUAUGCCUC